CAUAAUCAUAAUGAUAUUAUUAUUAUUGAUGAUGAUGAUGAUGAUCAUCAUGUGUGAUGACGAAUAUAUCUGAAUUGUUUAACCAAAACAUUAUCGAUACAUUAUCGAAUGAAGCACCUUUAUCAUUAGAUUUUCAUGUUAAAUUUCCAUCAUCAUUUGCCGUGUUGGUCAAUUAUGGUGUUCAUGGCCAUAAAACUAAAUUAUAUUCAUCAUGGAUACAUAAUGAUAGAUGUAAAACGAAUGAAAUUUGGGAUCCAUUCAAUAAUCAAUGUCGACGUUUAUAUUGUCGUGAUGGAAACCAUAAAUUUCAAGAUGAUAAUUGUGUCUAUAAUAAAGAUGAUCCGAAACCGGUUAUUGAAUUCUUGGAUUCAUUAAGUAAAUUCAUCAAUAUUACAUUGGAUUUUAGUACAAUCAAAAGAAUCGACAAAAAUUGGAUCGUCCACAAUGGUGAUAACAUUAUCAAUGAAUUCAGAAAUAAAUUCGCUGCCAAAUGGGGUAUGAAUAUGAAUCAUUUAGUCAACAUUUCUAUCGAAUAUCUGCAUGAAAAUAGUUUAUCGAUUAAUUUUUUGAUAUUGGACAAUCGAAAAAAUAUCAUCAUUUUCAAUAAUCUAAGUCAUAGAAUUAUAUUCAAUCAAUCAGAACAAUAUGAAUUGCAAAAUAUAUGGAUGACAGCCGUUGCUAUACAUUCGAUUGUUUCGGAAUUGAAAAAUUUUUGUCUCAAUAUAACUGAUAUGCCAUUAUGGUAUUGGAAUUCAGAAUUUGCAUUCAUAACACGUGAUGAUCAAACAUAUCUUUAUGUAAAUGGAACUGGACGUUUAUAUCAAACUGGUCAAUAUACUGGUAGUAUAUUAUAUGUUGGCGAUGUAAACGAUAUGAAUGCAAUGAAUCAUCAUAUGGAUGAUGAUGAUAAUGAUGAUGAUACCAUUGAAUCAAUGGCUAAAUUUUCAACAAAUGCUGUUGUUUGUGAACAAACAUUAAUCGAUUAUGAUUGUCCACGUAUACUAUUGUCACGUGAUGAAUAUGAAUUCAUCAAUGGUAUUGAUUUAUAUUCACAUAAUAUUCAUUAUGAACAUUAUGAAUUAUCGGAUAAUAAUAGUAUUUAUGUUUGUAUAAAAAAUUCAACCAAAUCAUAUGAUUAUUAUUAUGAUAUUUAUGCAAAAAAUUUAGACACAAUGAUCGAAUCAAUAUUAUCGACAACAUUAAUGUUUAUAUCGAUCAUAAUGUUAACAUUAUUGUUGAUUACAUUCAUACGAUUCGAUCAAAUACGUCGAUCGAUUAAUGGAUUUAAUUCAAUAAAUCUGGCCAUAAGUCUUGAAAUGAUGCAGCUAUUAUUUUUAUCGAAUCAAUUCAUUCAAAAUUGUCGUAUUGUAGCCGUUUUGUUUCAUUUUUUUAUCUUGUCAACAAUUUCAUGGUCAAGUGUAAUUGCAUACGAAAUGUAUCGUGUAUUUAUAACGACCAAACUUGUCACACGUACAUUAUCGAAUCGUAGCCAGAACAAAAUACGUUUACGAUACGGUCUGGUUGGAUAUAUUUCAACAUUUUCCAUCAUUAUUGUGGCCAAUGUUGGCGAUAUUUUUAAUUUGGAACCAAUAAAAGGUGAUUAUGGCCGUUUAGAAUUGACCGAAGUUUGUUGGAUGCGUCGUACACGUGCAACCAUUUAUUAUUUCAUUAUACCAGCAACGGUGGCCAUUAUUUAUAAUCUAUUAUUAUAUGUUCGUAUUGUUUGUAAUAUUCGUCAUGAUUUAAAAAGUAUUUCAAGUUUACGACGAAUUACACGUAUUUCAUCAUCAUCAUCAUCAUCAUCGUCCACACAUGCAACAAAAUCAUCAUCAUCAUCAUCAACAUCAAAUUCAAAUAGAAUGACCAUAUCAGUGAUAAGCAGUGAUUUUUAUGAUUACGAAAACAACAACAACAAAAACGACAACAAUCACUUUCAUCGACAACAUCUUUAAUAUCAUC